UUGAGCUAGAACAGGAAGAGUUCCCAGAUAGACAACACAGAAAGCCGGUGUAUUUUUUUUACUGGAUUUUUGCAAGAAAGAAAGCCCUAUGGCUGCUGGAGGGAUGAAACUCUGGAGUUUAUUCUGUCUCCUCUUGUGUUUAAUAGCGACAGUGCUCGCCGGGAGAGAUUUCUACCAGAUCCUAGGAGUAAGUAAAUCAGCAUCUAUCAAAGAGAUCAAAAAAGCCUACAGAAAGCUGGCUCUGCAGCUCCAUCCUGACCGAAACCAGGACGACCCCAAAGCACAGGACAAAUUUGCAGAUCUUGGAGCGGCUUACGAGGUGCUGUCUGAUGAGGAGAAGAGAAAACAGUAUGAUGCUUAUGGAGAGGAGGGACUGAAAGAAGGUCAUCACAGCUCACACGGUGAUAUAUUUUCUAGUUUCUUUGGGGACUUUGGGUUUGUGUUCGGUGGAAACAGACAACAACAAGACCGAAACAUUCCAAGAGGAAAUGACAUUGUUCUAGAUCUUGAAGUUACACUUGAGGAGGUUUAUUCUGGAAAUUUUGUAGAGGUGGUGCGAAACAAACCUACUGCUAAAGAGGCUCCAGGCAAAAGGAAAUGCAACUGUCGCCAGGAGAUGAGAACAACACAGCUCGGGCCAGGACGCUUCCAAAUGACUCAGGAAGUGGUCUGUGAUGAAUGCCCCAAUAUUAAACUUGUGAAUGAAGAGAGGACACUAGAGGUGGAGAUCGAGCAGGGAGUCAGGGAUGAUAUGGAGUACCCCUUUAUUGGCGAAGGUGAACCCCAUGUUGAUGGAGAGCCUGGAGAUCUUCGUUUCCGCAUCAAAGUCUUGAAGCACCCAGUGUUUGAGCGCAGAGGCGAUGACCUUUACACAAACGUCACCAUCACUCUGGUAGAGGCCCUGGUUGGUUUCGAAAUGUAUAUCCCACAUUUGGAUGGCCACAAGGUUCACAUUGUUCGAGAUAAAAUUACCAAGCCUGGAGCUCGAAUCUGGAAGAAAGGUGAAGGACUUCCCAAUUUCGACAACAACAAUAUCCGUGGCUCGCUUAUAAUAACCUUUGAUGUAGACUUCCCCAAGGAGCAGUUUAAUGAAAAGGAGAAAGCUGAUAUAAAGACGUUGUUGCAGCAGACACCAUCACAGAAGGUUUACAACGGUUUACAGGGAUACUGACCAGCCAACAAAACCAGGACUGAUUACCCUGUCAAAUUCCAUACACCAUAUAAAGACACACAAAGAAGCAAGCAUGGAGGGUUUAUUUAUUUUCUAAGAUUGUACUCAGGAUAAGUUGUCUGUACGGUGUUUUUUUAUUUUUGAGUUGGGAAUUUUUUAAAAACAGUAAGGUUAUGGAAAGCAACUAGUAUUUUUUUAAUCUUUUUUCUCCCGUUUUUUUCUUGUUGGCAUUGGUAAUUACAUAUUCAUAGUUUGCAUUACAGUUUGAUUGUUUUUUUCUUUUUGGCCAACCACUAUUUAGUAAUGUAUCAGUACAGUACAAUACCUGAGCUGCCACAGGUAAACACAAUGAGAAAGACUGAGGCUUUAUUUCAGAAGACUUUGGAUGUUUUCAAAGCCAAAUAGUUCUCUUCCUAAUUUUUCCAAAAUGGAUUUAUAUGAAUGUUUUGUUUGUUUGAAAAAAAUUACUCUAAGAUGUUCUUCCUUCUUUGAGUAUUUUUUUUCCCUUAUUGGGUCAUGUUUGUUCAUUGUAAGAUAUUUCAUCCAUCCAAUUUCAUCCAUUUCAAUUUUUAACAUCAGACGUUGCCUCCAUGACCUUGCCUAUGAUUAAAAUUUUGCAUCCGCUCCCACUUAAGUCCCACUCUGGUAUGUUUCCACCAAGGGAUAUUGCUACACUAAAAUUGCCCAGGUGGCCAAUAGGAGGAAGGUUUACAACAAUCACAAUCAGACCUCUAUUAAAGGUUUAUAAUGAUGUUUCAA